UGCACGUCCCCGUCUAUUUGACGCCCAUCCGCCUGUGUUUGCUUGACGGCACCACACAUCCACAUCCCCGGUGCUCGACAUGGCCGAACCGCUCGCGUCUCCGUCUCCAUACCGAGAGCUGAAGAGGCUGAUCUGCAUACAUAAAUAACCUCCUCCUCACGCAGCCACUCGCGACCUGUACUGCUACUUCCACUCCUGUAUGUAAGCCUGACAUUCCUUCACAUCAUUCAUUAGAUUGCGGCGCAACUCGGACAUCAUGCAAGACAUCUCCUCACUUCACUGACUUCACGGAGCCUCGAGGCGUUUCCAUUGUCACAUUGUCACCCUUCACUGUUUCCAAAGCUCACCACAAGAAGUGCCGUCUUCUGCUUCUCGUCAAGGCUGGACCUUUGACUGACGACACCGACCAACGUUUGGCAACAUCCGAGCAACACAAGCCGAACGACAGCAACAACAUGCUCGCAUCAACCAUCCUUGGCCUCCUUGGCCUGACCUCAACCAUUACCGCCCUACCGCAGAAGCGCUCCUGCAUAUCUGCCGCCGACCUGAUCAAGAUCGCGCCCAACACCACCUCUUGCGAAGCCGCAACCUAUCCAGAAGAAUGCGCGACAGCUGAAGUUGCAGCACCCAACAUUGCCCUCAGCUUCCGCGAGUUCAAAAUCCCGAGCUUCGGCGCCCAAGCCGCGCUCGUCUCCAUUAUCCUCUUCGAAACCGGUGAUUUCAAGUACAACCGCAACCACUUCCCAGCCCCAGGCACGCCAGGGCAGGGGACUCGCAACAUGCAGUCACCAGCAUUCAAUCAAAAGUACGCAGAGUGGAUCGCUGCCAACGCCAAGGACGACAGCAUCACGACUGCAAAAGUGACGGCUGCGGCAGCUCAAGGUCCUGCUGAGGUGCUUGCCCUCAUCAAUGCUAGUGAUAAAUGGAGCUUUGCGAGCGCUGCCUGGUUUCUGAAAACGCAGUGUGAGGCAUCGGUGGAGACUGCGUUGGCAGACGGCACACAAGCUAGCUACGAAGCUUAUUUGACAGAAUGUGUUGGUACGACCGUCACCGACGAUCGCAUCACUGGGUGGGAAGCUGUGGUUGCACUGAAGCAGUGGUAAGCAAAGCAUAUAAGCAAAGCAUAUGGUAUACUUUCGAUCAUGCAUGCAUCGAACGUGGAACGUUCACAAGAGAGAUAGGGGUGUGCCGAAGAUGCCAUAGUCUUACGAAUGCAAUCGAUCCCGUGGAGUAAGU